AUGGUUGUCUUCAGCAAAGUUACCGUUGCUCUCGCUUGCUUUUCGGCCGUUGCCUCAGCUGCAGCUGUGCCAGUGAAGAGUCCCCGUAAGGGCUUCAGUGUGAAGCAGGUGAACAAGACUCCUACCGGCACUAGGACUGUCAACUUGCCUGGCAUUUACGCCAAUGCACUGGCCAAGUAUGGUGCUACUGUCCCGGCCCACGUUCACGCUGCUGCCACGAGCGGCUCUGCCAUUACCACCCCCGAGGAUGGCGACGUUGAGUACCUCACUCCAGUCACCAUUGGUGACUCUACCUUGAACUUGGACUUCGACACUGGUUCUGCUGAUCUCUGGGUCUUCUCUAGCGACCUCGCCAGUUCGGCGCAGAGCGGCCACGACAUCUACGACGUUAGCGCCAGCGGCACUAAGCUGUCUGGUGCUACCUGGUCGAUUUCAUACGGUGAUGGUAGCUCUGCCAGUGGUGAUGUCUACAAGGACACUGUCUCCGUUGGCGGAGUCAAGGCUACUGGCCAAGCCGUUGAGGCUGCCAAGAAGAUCAGCUCCCAGUUCUUGCAGGACAAGAACAAUGAUGGCCUGCUGGGUCUGGCUUUCAGCUCCAUCAACACCGUCAGCCCCACACCCCAGAAGACCUUCUUCGACACCGUCAAGUCCGACCUUGACUCGCCGCUGUUCGCUGUGACUCUCAAGCACAGCGAACCUGGCACCUAUGACUUUGGCUUUAUUGACGAGGAGAAGUUCACCGGAAAGGUGGUCUACGCCGAUGUUGACGACUCCGAGGGCUGGUGGACUUUCACCGCCGACAGCUACACCGUCGGCACUGGCUCUGCUGGUCCUUCUAUCACAGGCAUUGCUGACACUGGAACCACCCUCCUCCUGGUCGAUGACUCUGUUGUCUCGGCCUACUACAAGAAGGUGACCGGCGCCAAGGACAACACCUCUGCUGGUGGUUAUGUCUUCCCUUGUGACGCUGAUCUGCCUGACUUCACCGUGACCAUUAAUGGCUACGACGCCGUUGUCCCCGGUAAGCACAUCAACUACGCUCCCGUCACUACCGGUAGCUCCUCCUGCUUCGGUGGUAUCCAGAGCAACUCUGGCAUCGGUUUCUCCAUCUUCGGUGACAUCUUCCUCAAGAGCCAAUACGUCGUUUUCGACUCCGAGGGACCUCAGAUUGGUUUCGCCGCUCAGGCAUAA